AUGGACGGAAGGCCCGACAACAUUCGGACCUUGAUCCUCGAGAAGGAGAAAGAGCUCCAUGACAUCAACGAGUACCGGAUUCGGACGCUCGAGACGAUGCUCAAGGAGAAGGAGGCGGCUAUGGGCAGCUACAAGCAAAAGUUCCACAAGCUCCAGGAAGACUUCAAGUACAAUCUCAAGCUGCUCGAGGGACGCGACGAAGAGCUGGCCAUGUACGACAGCAACUUUGCGACCAUGAAGAUUGUGCUGCGCGAUCGCGAGAACGAAAUCGGCGAGCUGCAGAUUCAGCUCGCGGAUGUGGCCUCGGACAUGAAGGCCGAGAAGCAAAAGCACGCCGAGCAAGACGCGUUCUACACGCAAAAGCUUAAGGACGUCCGCGCCCAAGUCGAGGCCGCGCGCUGGUCGUACGACGACGCCAUGCGCAAGCAAAAGGACGAGUUUGAUGCGUACAAGCGACGCAACGAGCGCGAACUGCGCGAGAAGGACGAAGACAUGGAGAGCCUUCGGCGAGAGAUGUCGGUGACGUUCGACGAGCUCCUUCGCGCGCGCGAGACCGAAGCCAAAGCCGCGAAUGACGACAUCACCACCAAGCUUCGCGAGACCGAGCUCAAGGCCAAGAGCUUAGCGCGCGAGGUCGAGACGACCAAAGAGCGCAAUACGGAGCUGCGGCGCAAGGUCGACGACCUCCUCUCGCAACUGCACGAAUCCGAGACACAAGCCAAAGCGCUGCAGUGGGAGCUCAGCGACGUGCGUGGCUUGAAAGACGCCAAAAUCGCCGAACUCGAAGCAGACAAAGUCGACCUCCAGCAAGUCAAACAAGCCCUUCUUGACGAGUACGAGGGCAAGAUGGCCGAGCUUUUGCAGCAGAAGGCGCAGUUCGAGGACGAAGUCCGGCGCGUGACGCAACGCAAGGACAACGAAAUGAAGGAGCACAGCGUCAAGUUUGAAGCCCGCAUCGAGGCGCUCAUUGGUAAACUGCGCUCGGUGGAAGAGACUUUAGAGAAGGUGCAGACGGAGCUCAAGCAGUCCAAAUGGGAAGCCGACGACCAGCUUUUACAGCGGGAGCGGGAGAUGGAGCGGUUGGUCUCGGACCACAAGGACGCAUUAGAGCAGCGCGAAACGAUGCUAAAGGAGCUCAAGAACGAGCUCUGGACGGCCCAAGUCGAGCUCAAAUCGUCGAAAGACGCGAGUCGGCAGUCGCUCCAGCUCCUGCACGAGCAACUGGAGGACCUGCAGCGACGUGCGACGAGCCACGACGCGUCCAACGAAUCCAAGCUCCGAGACUUGGAGCAGGAAUGGCAGGCCAAGUUUGACAUCAAGUACCGCGAGCUUGCGGCUCUGAAAGACCGGCUCCAAGCCGAGAAGCUGGCGGUGGAAGACCGGUACCGACACGCCGAGAACGAGCUCGUGCGGCUGCGCGGCGACCUCUUUGCCCAAAAAGCCGCGCUGCAGAUGAACGAAGCGUUCAAGUUGCCGUCGUCGUCGGUGAAGACCGUGUCCGAGCCGGCGCUGUCGCCGUCGUGGACGGACCCGCCGCCGUCCGUCGGCAGUCUUCCGCCCGUGUCUCCGCCGCCGAGCGUUGUCGCGCCGACACCGACUAAGCCUCUCGACUCGCUCGAAGCCGAGAACGCGCGGCUCAAGAGUGUCAUUCGCGCCAUGACCGAGGAGGUCAUCAAGCAAACCGCAGCUGUCUCCCCCGACUCGGAGACGACCGACUUGGCGCGCCAGCUUGCACAAGCCGUCGCCGACGCCGACCGCCUCCAAGCCCGCGUGCAUGAGUUGGAGCACUCUGGCUCGGCGACACUGCAAGCGCAGCUCUCGCGAGUGCAGCAAGAGCUGCUUGCGGCGCAGCAGACGCUCGACGCCAAGAACCAGCUCAUCGAACGCCUCCAAAAGGAGAAUGCGAUGCUCCAAGCCGCGCGCCCGUCGACGGAGUCGAACGCAACCGCGCAGCAGCUCACGCAAGCACUCCAGGACAUCCAAGUGCUCCGACACGAGCGCAACCAGCUCAUGGAGCUCAGCAAUCAGCUCACGGCGGAUUUGCGCAAGCAGCAGCUGCAAAGCCCCGUGGACACGACAGCGCGGAUCGCCGACCUCACGCAGUCGCUCGAAGAAGCUGCGCAAGUGGCUGAAAAAGGGGAAUUCACGUUCUCCGCCGCGCCGCUCGAGCCACCGCCGGCGCGCCGACGCUCCGACCCGAUCGACGACGACGACGACGACGACGAUGCACCGGCCGACGAAGUCGGCGACGUGCCCCAGCCACUGCCGACGCGCCGCCCAUCGAGUUUGGCCAAUACGCUCUUCCAACAAGCACCGAAACCCGACGCCAACUCGUCCCUCUCGGACGCGCGGCUCAAGCUCAAGCACGCCAAAGAGGUGCUGGCGCUCGCAGGAAAGAAAGUCGACGAGCCGUCGAAAGCGCGGGCGGCGUCCAUGGUCGUCUCUAGCAGUCAAAAGGAGACACCGAGCCAGCGCUCGGCCAUGCACAAGCUCAAGGAGCUCCAGUCCAAGCGCGCCGAGAUGGCCGAAGAGCGUAAAAAGGUACGCAACUACAGCGUGCCAAGUAGCUAA